AUGUCUGCUAAUCUGUUUUCUAACGUUUGCCAAAUUACAAACAAAAGUGAUGACCCGGAUACAUUUGUGCUUAUAGAUGCGAAUCAUAAAGUAUCAAUUCAUGUUGUUGGAUGGGUAAUAUCUGCAAUAUUUACAAUAGAAGCAUCUCUGAUCGCCUUUUACCAAAUGAAACAACAAUGGAAAUAUUAUAAUAGACCUGAACAUCAACGAUAUAUAGUUCGUCUAAUAUUUUUGGUGCCAAUGUACACAAUUAUGACCUGGCUUUCAUACUUUUUCUUGAAAUAUUCUGUAUACUUUAUAGUAAUACGAGAUACCUAUCAAGCAUUCGCCACUCAUAGUUUCUUCAAUCUCCUACUAAACUCAUUAGGAGAAACUGAUGGCGAUCGAAAAGAAGAAUUACGUAAAUUAUCGGAUAAUUUACAUAUGAAACACAAAUCAGAAACAUUAAAAGUAUAUACAUUUAUAAAUUGUCCAUAUUUAACCCCGAAAUAUCUAAAGAAUUUAAGAUUUGGAAUUCUACAAUAUGUGUUUAUAUUAUACUUUACUACUGGAAUUGGAUUAGCGUUAGCGUUUAUUGGAAAAUAUUGUGAAGAGAUGUUUUCUAUUUAUUUUGGUCAAAUCUAUAUAGUGAUUAUUCAAACUAUUUCUGGAUUAGUGGCUAACUUAAGUUUGAAUAUGUUAUCCAAACCAGUUACGGCGUAUGUCCAAUUUAUAGAUUCUGUAGGUAGACAAAAUACAGACAAAAAAUUACAGAAUCAGUUAUUCUGGAGAGGUAUUUGUGUCUUUAUGGCGCUUUUCGUGAUCUCAUAUCAAGGUCAUGCGAUUAGUAUAUUUAUUUUCCUUGGUAAGAUUACUCCGACAACAUAUUGGACACCACUCGACAUCUCAAGAGGAAUCCAAGCGAUCUUAGUAUCAAUAGAAUUGUUCAUAGUAGCAUUACUUCAAGUAAAAGCAUUCCCAUAUCGUCAAUAUCGUCCGGAAAAUCGGCAAACAUCUUCAAUAUUUAAAUCAAUGAUUGAUUCGAUGAAUCCGUUUGAUUUGAUUAAAGAGUGCCUAUUUUAUAUAUUUUGUUGUGGUAUGCGUAGACGUGAUAAGAAUAGAAAUUCUUAUAAUACUAGGGAUUCUUAUUUGUCACAUCGUUCAUGA